AUGUCAGGGUUCUGGGGACCCCCUGCCACGCCGUUCCUGUUUCUGCUGCCGCUGCUGCUGCUGCCGCCCCCAGCCCUGCCGGAGGGACCCCUGGUGUUCGUGGCCUUGGUUUUCCGCCAUGGAGACCGUGCCCCUCUGGCCUCAUAUCCCACCGACCCCCACAAGAACGAUGAGUCCAGACUGUGGCCCCGGGGCCUGGGCCAGCUGACCCGGGAGGGGGUGAGACAGCAGCUGGCACUGGGGCGCUUUCUGCGGAGGCGCUACCAGAACUUUUUGGCACCCGAGUUCCGGCGGGAGGAGGUGUACGUCCGCAGCACCGACUUCGACCGGACGCUGGAGAGCGCCCAGGCCAACCUGGCGGGGCUGUUCCCCGAGUCGGGCCCGGGGCGCCCCGAGUCCGCCUGGAGGCCCAUCCCGGUGCACACGGUGCCGGCGUCGGAGGACAAGCUGCUGCGGUUCCCCACGCGUAACUGCCCCCGGUACCGGGAGCUGCUGCGGGAGGCCACCGACGCCAGCGACUACCAAACGGCCUUGGAUGGCUGGACUGACUUUCUGACUCGCCUGGAGAACUUCACGGGGCUGCACCUGGUCGGGGAGCCCCUCCGCAAGGCCUGGAAGGUCCUGGACACCCUGAUUUGCCAGCAAGCCCAUGGCCUUUCCCUCCCGCCCUGGGCCUCUUUGGAUGUCAUGCGGACCCUAGCCCAGAUCUCAGCUUUGGACAUCAAGGCCCAUGUUGGCCCCCCUAAGGCUGCAGAGAAAGCCCAGCUGUCAGGGGGGAUCCUGCUGGAUGCCAUCCUCAGCAAUUUUUCGCGGACCCAACGCCUGGGCUUGCCUCUCAAGAUGGUCAUGUACUCAGCCCAUGACAGUACCCUGCUGGCACUCCAGGGCGCCCUGGGGCUCUAUGAUGGACACACACCGCCAUACGCCGCCUGUCUUGGCUUUGAGUUCCGGAGGCGCCUCGAGGACCCCGAUGAAGAUGUUGGGAAUGUCACCGUCUCCCUAUUCUACCGCAACGACUCGACACGCCUGCCCCGGUCCCUCAGCCUGCCAGGGUGCCCAGGGCCCUGUCCACUGGGCCGGUUCCACCAGCUGACUGCCCCCGCCCGCCCGCCGGCUCAGGGCAUCCCCUGCCAUGGUCCCCAGCAGCCCGAGCCCCCCACCACCGUGGUGUCCCUGCUGGCUGGGGCAGUGGUCGCACUGGCCCUACUGAGUGCGGGGCUAGGGUUGCUGGUCUACAGACCCGGGUGCCUGCGGGCCUGGGGGGGCCCCGUGUGA